CCUGUUUAACGGUGAGGAUUUCACAGCACGACAUACAGCUCGACAAAAAUGUGUCGAUGGUAUUACAGUAUUGAGAGAAACAGGCCUAGAAGGCACGAGAUGUCUGGGAGCCCACAAUGCCCCAGGAGCCUUUACUCACUGGGCCUCUGGGAGGAAAGUGGAACAGAAGUUAUGCUUUGGAGUUGUAGGACCUCCUGUGGUUCUCGUUGUGUGCUCUGUGUCAUGACUGUGCCAUAGAGGAGAGCUGAGUCUCCUUCCUCAUUAACUCGUUAUCUGGAAAGGGCAGUGAGCACCUGCUGCCCUCCCUCCCCCCACCACGGCAGCCUCACUUAGUGGCAGUCAGAGGAGGACUGUUAUCUUCUUCCUAUUUCAAGGGAUGCCCUCUUUACCUUCUGUGACCUCUCCCUUAGUCUUCCAAUCAGAACCAGUGGGGAAGUUGCGGUGUCCGGUCUUUCCUCGUCUAAUAUUCUGUUAUCUUUGUGCCUCUGGGCUCGGCAGGGAGCUGCAGGAGGAGGAGGAAAUGGAUGACGCGUGUCAGGAUUCUUUGGAUGAAAAGUAUUUGGCUCUUUCCAGUCACCAUGACUUGUCUGACUCCUGCCACCCUCCCGACAGUCCCACCAUCCCAUCUGAUGAGCACGAAAUCUGCUCUCAUCUGGAUGGAGCCCAAAGUCAUGAAGACGAGGAGUAUGUGGAAGAGAGAGAACCACUGUCCAAAAUGAACGACCAGGGGAGGGUAAAGGACAGGGAGUUUGAUUUUCUAAUUCGAGUUCAGGCACGAGAGCUGACCCAGUUACGCCUAAAGACACGGGAAGGAAGAAAGCUAUCCAUCCUGCUUAAUCAGAACCUCAAGGAGCUCCUGGGCCGCAGUGACCUUAACAACCUCCGGGGGCAGGCCUUCCAAGAGCAAUUGGCUGAGGGAUGCAGGCUGUCCCAGGCCCUUGUCAGCAAGCUCGGCCAAGAAAACCACGAAGAGGAGGCUGAAGAACAACUGGGAUCACUGACCCCCAGGAAAUACCAUUUCCUCAUUCAUGAUCAUGCACGAAAGCUGACCCGGAUACGCCAGACGUCACGGGAAGGAAGAGAGCUCUCUGUCGUCCUCCAUCAGCACCUCAGGGACCUCCUCACCCACAGUGACAUUGGCAGAGACUGGGGACAGGGCUUCCAAGAACAACUGGCUGAGGGAUCCAGGCUGGCAGAGCGCCUUGUCCGCAAGCUUAGCCCAGAAAACCUGGAAGACGAUGACGAGGAGGAAGAACAAGAAUCGCUGAGCCCCAGUCUGGAGAGGGAGCUGCUGGAGAAGGAGAUUGUGAAUGAAAUCCUUCCAGAUCCAUCAGGUGAACAGAAUUCGACUCCUUCCAGUCCUCGUGAUCUGUCUGCCUCUGGGGAACCCCUCAGAAGCACUGCCUUUCCGUGUGAUGAGCCUCAAGUCAGCUUGACUCUGGAGGCAGCCAGUGAGUACUCCCAUUAGAAAGCAGAUAAAUCCAAGUGGUCUCCCAGUUAGCCUCCAUAUGUUUUAAGCUCACCACGGCUGGCCAGGCAGAGAGAUAUAGUUUCUGGAGGCUCUCGGACCGAGUUUUAAGUACAGAUUUCAGGAGGGCUUGGGAGCUGUGCUGUCACCCUAGUCCCUAGCUAUGUCCCUCUCAGCCUGUCCCUCAGUGGCAUCUGCAAGCCAUUUUUCCCCAGGUGGGAGAGAGAAGGGAUCAUGACCACCUCACAGCCAGCACUACAGCAGGGGCACAGUAGGUAUGUGUCAGACCUCUUUCUUUAAGAUGACGCAUCUCAUCUCCUGCAGUGUUUUUGCUAAUUGCAUUUCCUGAGCAGCGUCUCCCACUCUUCUCUGCCCAUCCACACGUGGAGCAGUCUUACUCAACUAUUCUGGAGGUCUGUUCUCAUGAUUUGGGGUUCAAAGCUGAUGCACUACUUCCUCUGGGGUGACUAGCUCCCUCUGAAGAUUUAAAAACAAGAUCCUGGACGCCGCAUCCUGCCUGUGCCCCUUGGUUUCAGUGAAGCCAGAGCUCUGGCUCUGGUUUCCCCUCCUCCAUAAACGGCCAUGGGUUUCAUCCUUUGUGUAGGCUCAGUGACUUCCAUGUGUGGGUUAGGGCUUCAAGCAUGAGUCACGUGUUAGUGUUCUAAUCUCAUGGAAAUGUCAACAACCAGUGUGCCUGAUAGGACCCUCGUCUAACUUAUGAGCAAAGAAGAACAUGAGGCCACAGGACAGAAGGACUACAAAGGCAGGGGGAGGAGUCUGCAUGCGUAGAGUUGGACCAUGAUGAGAACAGGACUUGUGGGUGAUUGGAUUAUUCAGACGUUUGAUCGUGUGGAGAGGACAGGAUCAGAGAAGCAGAAGGAGAUUCAUGCAUCCAGGUGUCAAGGAGGAGAGUCUCAUAGAGUGUGUUGUCAGGAAUCUACAUGGUAACACCAUCCCAAAUGAGAUUUUUACGAAACAUUUAAAACAAACAUUGGUGGCAACGAGGAUGUGCAGAGGGGAGGAGAAAGGGGAACCCACAGUGGUGUGGAG